AUGGAAGAAAAUUUUCAAGAAACUUAUGACCAUGAUCCAGUAUUUUCUAAGUUUUCUGAAGAUACUUUUAAUAGUGAAAUUCCUAAUAUUAAACUUAACGAAGCAGUUAAAAUAUAUGCAAAACAACAAAGCUUUCAAGUUUGUUUAGGAAAAAUUGAGAAGAAUAUUAUGGGUCAAAUACAUAAAAGAACAAUAGUUUAUAAUAGAGAAGUAAUGGACUUUGAAAGGAUAAUUCCAAUUGAAAUUCAAGAAAGAAUUUUACUUCUUCGUCAUACUGGUUGUAAUAUUCCUACAAUUCAAGCAAUACUGAAAGAAGAAUUUUCAGACAUU